AUGGCCCUGGAGAGAGGGCCCCUCCUUCAGCUGACCCUCGGCCUGGGCCUGGCUGGGGCCCAGAAGACUCCAGGAGAAGUGCCGGUGUAGCCAGGCAAAGCUGCGGUCCAGCCGCAGAGGCCGGCGCUCAGGCGCCGAGGAGAGGGGCCCCGGGGGCCUGGCCGAGCACUGGCGGUGUCACUGCUGGGACAACAGGAGGGGUCGGCCCUGGGGGUGGGGGGAUGCUGGCUGACCGUCCAGCUGGCCGCCAGCCACACACACCUGGUUUCCCUGGAAGACCCCCUGAGGCUCGCUCUCCACUCCCUGUGGACCCGGGACAAGGACAUGGAGUGCGUCUUGUUCUGGACAGGAGACGGGGUGUGCAAAGGACUAAAUGUCAGCGUCCAUCCAGCGGGGCUCCGAGGCAGUACCGAGGCUCCUGGAGGCCGCUCUGCGCUCCUGCUCUGCGUCAGCACCGAGGACAGCAGCCUUAUCCUCCGCGUCCGCUUCCAGGAAGGCAGGGAGGCCACCAGCCUGGGGGCACUGCUGGCUAGAAGAAUGCCAGGGGACCCCCGGUGCCUGGGGCAGUAUCUUGAGUCUGUUUCCAGCUUCCAGCUGCAGGAAGGCCCUGUCUUCCACCUCGAUGUUUGCCAGGGCCACCACAGCAAAGUGCCACAGACUGGGCGGCCUAAACAACAGAAGCGGACUCCUCCCAGCUCUGUGGGCUGGGAGUCCAAGAUCAAGGAGUUGGUACCUCCGGAGGCCUCUCUCAUCUGCGUGUAG